AUGGCAAAUGAUAAGAAAUUAUUGUUGAACAUAGAAAAAGCAAAAGAUGCUGGAUUACAAUUUGUUCAAGAAAAUCUUGAAAUAUUGAAUGAAAGGUCAAAGGUUACGUUUUUGUAUCAUAUCGACGAAGGUGUACAAGUAAAACUUUCUAUUAUCCGUUAUCUUACCAACUCCACCAACAAUCUAGAACUAACCACCAACCUAAGAAAGAAUCAAACCCGUGAAGAAAAAGGAUUUUCUACCGACAUGGUUAGUUACAACCAGCCCCUUCUAAAUACAUCCACCAAUCUAGAUUCUCACAUCGAUACCACAGUAAAUAAUCUCCCGGAUAAAAUUAUUCAUGAGGUUAACUUUCCUGCUGAUAUCGUUCCCUACAACAAGCCCCCUCUGAAUACAUCUGCCAAUCAGCAGACUCGUCCCGAUUGUUAUGAAAAUAUUAAUCAGAAUCAUUUUGUUGAACAACACAUUUUUCCAACUUCAGAUAGAGCCGAUUACCGCUCCCCCUCUCAACAGUCAAUCGCAAUCAUUCAGCAACACGUUUUAAAUACCUCACCCGUUCUGAAAGAUCUUCAAGAUACUAAAGAAAAAAGGCUGGCGACAUCUGUCCCUGCCUUAAAAACUCUUCCAAUUACUAUCAAAGAUAACAAUAAUAGUAAAACCCUUCAACAUGUAACCUCAAAUGCCAAAAUGAGUACUACGAAUGAUCCUCCACCCAAUAUCUCCAAAAAAAACAUCUGUCCCAGUACCAUCAAAAAAAAUUUUCUAUCUAAAAUCCCAAUACGAGUAUCCUUACAAAACCAUUUAAAAGUUAUUCAAACGCAUAAAAAUAUGAGUGAAAUCUCAAAAAGUGUGCCUUUUAAUGCCAAAAUGAGUACUACGAACGAACCUCUACCCAAUAUCUCCAACAAGAACAUAUGUCCUAGAACUAUCAAAAAAUGUCUCCCAUCUAAAAUCCCAAUACGAGUAUCCUUUCAAAGUCGUUUAAAAGUUUUUCAAACGCAUUCACAAUUUACUCCAAAUACCUCCUCUAUCCGGCAACCUCUUCUGGAUACUUCAGAGAAUAAUCCAACAAAACAAACCCGUGGACAUAAAUAUUUUCCUGUCGAUAUCGUUCCCAUUAAUAAUAUUCAUAAAAAUAUGAGUAAAAUCCCAAAAAAUGUGCCUUUUAAUGCCAAAAUGAGUACUNUAUCAAAAAAUGUCUCCCAUCUAAAAUCCCAAUACGAGUAUCCUUAA